AGGAUUAUACAUGAAGAAGGGUACUCUGAAGAAGAUUGUAGGCAGUAUAAACCCGUGGUAUACAGUAACACAAUUCAAUCCAUGAUAGCCAUCAUCAGAGCUAUGGGUUCACUCAAGAUUGACUUCGGAGACACAGAAAGAGCAGAUGAUGCAAGGCAAUUAUUUGCCCUGGCUGGGCAGGCAGAAGAAGGUGAACUCAGCACUGAACUAGCAGCGGUUAUGAAGCGGUUAUGGGCAGACUCAGGUGUCCAAGCAUGCUUUAGCCGGUCCAGGGAGUAUCAACUCAACGAUUCUGCAUCAUAUUACCUGAAUGCCUUGGAUCGGUUGUCAGCGCCUGGUUACAUCCCUACACAACAAGAUGUUCUUAGGACAAGAGUCAAGACCACUGGUAUCGUAGAGACGCAUUUCACCUUCAAGGAACUUCACUUCAAAAUGUUUGAUGUUGGAGGUCAGAGGUCAGAGAGAAAGAAGUGGAUACACUGUUUUGAGGGUGUGACUGCAAUCAUCUUCUGUGUGGCUCUCAGUGCCUAUGAUUUGGUUCUGGCAGAAGAUGAGGAAAUGAACCGCAUGCAUGAGUCAAUGAAGCUGUUUGACUCUAUCUGUAACAACAAGUGGUUUACAGAGACUUCUAUCAUCCUCUUCUUGAACAAGAAGGAUCUCUUUGAAGAGAAAAUCCAGAAGUCACCUCUCACCAUCUGUUUCCCAGAAUAUACCGGGUCCAACACAUACGAGGAGGCAGCCGCCUACAUCCAGAUGCAAUUUGAGGAUCUUAACAAACGCAAGGACCAGAAAGAGAUCUACACACACUUCACCUGUGCCACGGACACCAACAACAUCCAAUUUGUGUUUGAUGCCGUCACUGAUGUCAUCAUCAAGAACAACCUCAAGGACUGUGGUCUCUUCUAAACAGGGCCAGUGGCAGAUCAAGUGUGGCUCUUAGCAAUUGUUAGGUAUCCUGUGGAGUUUAUUUUCAAAUUGGACGACGGUGAUGUUGAUUGAGGAAGAGUGACUUGAAGUGAGCGCGUGAGAAAUUUGGAGGAGUUGCACCUGUGGUUCCAAUGAAGGAAACAAAAAAUUGUCUGCUAACUUCAGCCUGUGCUGAUAAUGCGCAGUGUCAGAACUUUAUCUCUUUAUCUGUUUCCUGUGUGGAAACGGUGCACCAGGAUUCUUAUUGUGUGUCCAAUCGUGUAGAGUUAUAAUCAAUGCUAGGCGGAAAAAAAAUUGUCAAAAAGCUUGCUCUGUUCUUAAU